AUAUCAUACUUUUCCUGACACUCGAGCUAUUCAGAGCUGUUUUAUUUUAAGUUUUAUUUUAAGCAUUCGUAUUUUUAUUUCUUAACAAAAACGAAAGCAAGUGAUAAAUUCGAAAUUUUAGUUGAUUACUAUCCCAAAUUCCCGUUUACUAAAGAACUUGCAAACAGAAUUCGUAGUCUGAGUCCCUGAUUCAUGGAAAUGUCCUUGGUACGGAUGGUACGUAACUCAAAAUUCCGUCAUGUCUAUGGACAGGCCCAAAAGCGAGAGGAGGGUUUCGAAAACAUACGCGUCUCGAAAACCAGCUUGGACUCCACUCUCUGCUGCGCCAAUCCCAAAUUCCUUGCCAUUAUUCUGGAAACGUCGGGCGGCGGGGCCUUCAUCGUUCUGCCACUGUCCAAGACUGGACGCAUUCCGUCCGACUAUCCGCUGGUGUCCGGACACACGAGCCCAGUGCUAGACAUCGCUUGGUGUCCGCACAACGACAAUCUGAUCGCCUCCGCAUCCGAGGACUGUUCGGUGAAGCUGUGGAUGAUACCAGACGAAGGUCUGAUGACCACCCUGACUCAGCCCACUGUCGACCUGGUCUACCAUAAGCGUCGGGUGGCCCUCCUGCUGUGGCAUCCCUCGGCCCACAAUGUUCUGCUCACCGCCGGAUGGGACAAGAAGGUCGUCAUCUGGAAUGUGGGGACUGGCGAGAUUCUGGUCCACCUUGACUCCCAUCCGGAAGUCUUGUACAGUGCCUGCUUCAACUGGGACGGCACGAGGCUGGUCACCACCUGCAGGGACAAGAAGAUCCGUAUAUUCGACCCUCGCACCGCAAAACUGUACAGCGAAGCCAUAUGCCACGACAGCGCCAGAGCCUCUCGCGCCAUCUUCCUGCGCUCGGGCCUGGUCUUCACAACGGGCUUCAAUCGCGCUUCGGACCGCCAGUACUCGCUCCGCGAUCCGCAGGAUCUCAGCAACUCCAUUUCCAAGGGCAAUCUGGACAUGGCGAGUGGUGUCCUGUUUCCGAUAUACGAUGCGGACACGAACAUGAUAUAUCUGUGCGGCAAGGGCGACAUCGUCAUUAAGUUCUUUGAGGUGACGCCGGAGCCGCCCUACGUGCACUACAUAAGCUCCUUCAAGACGACGGAGCCGCAGCGCGGUAUUGCCAUGAUGCCGAAGCGCGGCUGCGACAUCAUCGCCUGCGAAGUGGCCAGGUUCUAUCGCCUGUCGAGCAACGGCCAGUGCCAGGUGGUUUCGAUGACGGUGCCGCGCAAGUCGGAUCACUUCCAGGAGGACCUCUACCCCAACACACUGGCGGCGACCGCCGCCAUCACGGCCGAAGAGUGGAUAGCAGGCAUGGAUGCGGAGCCCGUUACGUUCUCUCUCAAGGAGAGCAUCAUCGACGUGACGGCCACCAAUCAGAAUAGUGGCGAGAAAAGACCAAGGAAAAGGGCUAUAGGUGGCACAACUUGUCGGGCAUCGGACAGCACAAUUUCACGCGAUCGUGUAUCUCGUUCAGCGACUAUGUGGGAAAAGUUGCUGAACAAAAACAAGGCGAAACAGAUGGAAAAACAGAAUGCCGAAGAUGCACGGGCAUAAGAGCGGACCAAAGCCAAAGGCCUCUAUGUCCAACGUAACCCGAACAGCUUUUAAGAGUGAAUGUACCAUUUCUAUAUGUAUCUAAAUAUACAUUAUUAUUAUUUUCCCAAGCGAAA